UUGUUUACACCUUCAUUCUCUCCCUCAUCGAGCUCUCUAUGCCCACUGAACACCUCCUGCUCUAGUCAUGAGCCCCUUUCUUUCUUUCCUUCUCGCUUACCUGCUUGGAGGGAUUACGUUCUUGCCUCUGUUUUUGGCGCUCCUAUUUCUCUUUGCUUACCUUACCUUUCCAAUAGUUCCACUCGAUGAACCUGUUCUUUCACUCAAACUCGACACCGAUGACGAUAACCUGUUCAAAACGGACGAUGAGAAGCUUGUCAAACGCCUCAAUAACUCUGCCGAUGUUGCUGCCGGUUACUUUGCUGUUACGAGAGAGUUCGUUCCCGGCGGUGUAAAUGGGAAGCCUCCAGAACGAACAUCCCCGACUGGCAAUACCCAACCAGUCAGCGAAUCCCCUUCGGUUUAUCAGACCAUGUACCGAAGCCUUUUCGAAAGGAAAGGUAGUCCCGCGACUACCGAUGCUACGAAGAAGGCUGGCCGUAGAGCGCGCAAUGAAUUCUUUGUUGUUCUCCGACAUGGUCACCUCAUGCUCUAUGACGACUCGGAUCAGUCUGAGGUUCGACAUGUUAUCUCCCUUAGUCUCUAUUCCGUCAGUAUCUAUGGUGGAGGCGAGGAAAUACCGGAGGGUGAACUCUACAUUCGUCGGAAUGCUAUAUCCCUUUCAAGAAAAAGCAACGCUGUUGAUAGAACGCUUGAUAUGGAUGGAAAAGCUAUGCCAUUUUACUUGUUUUCGGAAAACUGCUCGCUUAAAGAAGACUUCUAUUUUGCGCUUCUAAAGAAUCUGGAAAAGUUCGAUGAAAUCAUCACCCCGCCCAUACCUCUCCGGUACGAGCAAAAGCACAUCCUGUCGCUUGUGCAGCGGUUACACUCCUCGGAGGAGCAUUUACAAUCCAACUGGGUGAACGGGUUACUUGGGCGCGUCUUCCUAGCUAUAUACAAGACCUCCGAUGUUGAGAAGUUCGUACGGACAAGGAUAACCAAAAAAAUAGCGCGAGUUAAUAAACCCAAUUUUCUUUCCAAUAUAGUGCUGCAGAAGGUGCAUGUUGGCGAGGGAUUCCCUUCCAUCACAAACCCCCGGUUAAAGGAAAUGACGGUGGAUGGUGAUUUCUGCGCUGAGGCGGACCUCACAUACGAUGGAAAUUUCCGGCUGGAGGUGGCUGCCAAGGCUACUUUGCAAUUGGCUUCUCGUUUUAAACCCAGAGAGGUCAACUUGGUUCUCAGUGUUACUCUCAAAAGACUGGAAGGCCAUGUUUUGAUCAGAAUCAAGCCUCCACCAAGCAACAGAUUAUGGAUAGCUUUCGAGACCAUGCCCAAGAUGGAGCUCGAUAUUGAACCUAUUGUUGGCUCUCGGCAGGUCAUUUGGGGUCCUGUGCUGCGAACUAUUGAGGGCCGCAUACGUGAAGUAAUUGCAGAAACACUAGUUCUCCCCCAUUACGAUGACACCCCGUUUACAGAUACCUUGUAUCAGGAGUUCCGAGGUGGCAUAUGGGAGGAUCCUGCUCCCUCCGACCCGUUGGAGGAAGGGUCCGCGGCCGAGAGGGGUUCUGUUGAUGGUGUGGAGAAGGAAGAUAACGGAGAAGCACAGCAAACACACACCGAUACACCCCUGGGAGAGACCUCCGACAAGUCGGUGAGCAUGCCAUCCCUCCCGCAAGAAGCUCUUGUGGUAGAUGGCAAGAAGGCUGCCUCGACGAUUGGCCUAAGCGAAAAUGUAGAGGGCUCACGUGGUCCAAAAUCUCCUGGAUUGAAGUCCAGUAAUGCAGUGUGGGGUAAAGACAAUGUUGUCGAUAAGGGCGCCGCAACCUCUGCUGUAAUGGCAAUGAGUCGUUCCCACUCGUCUUCAAGUCCGAAUUCGCCUUCGACCAAUUCCCACCCGGUGGCGACACCACCUUCCAAAACCAAAUUGUCGCAAAAUUCUGAAUCGUCCGCAGAGACUUCGAAUGACCAGAGAUCAGAAAGGAGUAAUCGUUCCUCGAUUUAUUCGCAAGCCGAGACGGAUGAUGCCGCGGUGCAACCUAAUAAGGACUUGGUUCGCCCUUCAACCCCAAACGGUAGUCUAUCAAAUAGCCCCACUCCGAGCUUUAUUACAAGAACCAUGACAAACGCAUCGAGUUCGAGCUCUACACUUAGCUCCCGCCCAAUCAAGACUACACCCGACAAGAUAACAGUCGCAUCUGUUGGCUCCUUGACUACGGUAGUUAGGAAUUGGUAUAAAUCACGAAAUGUGUCCGGAGAAGCCUCAGCGGAUAUCUCGACCCAGAGUGUGCGAAAGCUCCCGCCGGCAGAAAUCCCGCUCCCUCCCGCCAGGAAGACAUCGCCCAUAAGUGUGCCCAAGCGGAAAGCGGUCCCACCUCCACUACUCCCUGUCCGAAACAAACCGAAACGCCAAGUGCCCGCCCCGCCAGUGCCGCCGAGGAGUGCUGGUGCAGCGGGAUCUGAUGAAUUGUUGGUUGUUGCUGCACCUGACUCAGAGCCCACAACGCCUUCCUCUGCUGUGGCCGAGGAAGGUGAUAGUUACAUGCCGAGGAGCUGGGGUGAGCACUCGGGGUCUACUAUGAUGUUUCCCGGAAAUAGGUCCUCAACGAUUUCCACCUUGGUUCCAACUAGCACGCCUAGGCGAGGAAGUCCGUCCCCACCGCUGGAGAAGGGUAGUUCAUCCGAGCGAGACCGCAAUAGACUUUCCAAGAGGAAUGCUGAUGAGACAGAGGAAUGGCAUGCGGCAGAAGAAGCCGAGUUAAGAGCCAAGGUUCCAUGGGAGCCAGAUGAGGCCUUAACAUAAGUGGAGGGGAACUGUUUAUUCUACUAUUCGUAAUCGAUGUUUAUCCUGUUUUCCCCUACUACUUUUAUUCUAUUUUCCUUAUCAGCUUUUUCCAAUUUUCCUUAGUGACUGCCUUUUUUUGGGUGUUAUUUCAUUCCGGGGUAUCAUUGGCAUAUUUUUCCUCUUCCCGCUCAUUGAGCUUUUGUUCUGUUUUGAUGGGUGUGUGCUUAUGCGAUCAUGGCGGAGGCGAUGGGGAUUGAGGG